ACAACGACUGUGCCUCUGCACAAACUUCUCAAUGCUGCAGAUAAAGACGGAAGGGACAAACUUACAGGACAAUGGAGGGAUCAUAAGCUUCAGGAAUUGAAUUUUGUCGGUGUCGUGGUCAGCCUUGUUGCUGGGAUGCUAUCAGGUACAGGUUCCUGGCCAGUCAUCCAACCCAACGGAAAGAUAUCUCCUUGGACUGUUCGCGCCUGUUGGUACUGCGGAAUCCUCUUCGCAGUCGCUGCUGUGCUUACAGCAUUGCAACAAUCGAUUCGUCUGCAUAGAUUGUCUUGUCACCAGCAUCCCGGGAAGUACAUCCGACGACUUAUCAGUCAGCAGCACCCCGAUCGUAAUGGCCUGAUACUUGCUCGCAAGAGCCACGUUAUGCUAUGGCAGUGUGGUACUUACUUCCUGUCGCUUAGUGCAUUGUCGAUGCUUGUCGGUAUGUUUAUCCUGAUCUGGGAUGCAACGGACCCACUGCCCGGCGGAUUUGAAAGAGCUUGGUGGACUGGCGAAGCCAAGUUGGCGGUUACCUUCAGCAUCAUUGGUUUCUUUAUUGCCUGCGUCUUUGUUUUCCAACAAUUUGCGCUCUAU